AUGCAGCGCCCGCUGUGGCCUGGGGGCCUCCGGGGGCUCUGGCGGCUCCUCUGCUUCCUGCUGCUGAAGAGCCGCCCAGGGAGCGGCCGCGACGUUAGUGAUCACGAUGGUCAGGGCCGAGUGGGAGUGGGGCACCUCUGGACCCUCCAAGGAUACACCCCAGUCUUCCAGCAGUUGCAAGUUGUACUCCAGCAGAUUAUGCCCCAAGGUUUGUUCUGGAAGGAUGACAUGACCCAGGAUGUGAUGACACAGAAGAUGGGGCACAUUGGCACACUCUACCCCCAGGAUCCAUGUGUGAGGAUGGGGCAAGAAGCCUUUCCCACCAAAACCACCGGGGUGAGGAGCAAGCAAGGGGAGAAACUUCGACUCCUAUUCCCCAAGGCCCCAGUGGUCAAGGUGAACAGGGAUCAGUGCUUUACCUCCAAAGUGGUUUCGAAGGUCCUGAAACGAGAGGUGACCAACCCUGUCAAGGGCUUCUUUGAGUCGCCCCCCACUGUGGGCCACAACCUUGUCACAGAUUGA